AUGGCCACCGGAGAAUUUACAGCCAAGGAAAUUGCCAUCCAAGAUCUUGAAAACCUCGUUAAUACUUUGGGGUUCUCCAAUUGCUUCAAAAAAGGCAAAGGCUUCUAUGAAAAUGAAGUAACGCAAUAUGCCACUUCCUCUUAUGAAUACGUUCGCACGUUGCCAGCGUUGAUCCUGAAGCCCCGAAACAAACAGGACAUUGCCACUAUUUUGGAAUACGCUACCAAGAGGAAAAUUGGUGUAUCGGUUCGUACAGGAGGACAUCAAUACAGCGGAGCUUCAUCUUGCACCGCUCCAAAUAUUCAAAUGGACUUGUCAGAAACUUUCAAAGGUCCCGAUGACCGAACACUCUUGAGAAAGCAGGGUCGCCUUCACACGAGCGUCAGUUGGUCUCUGAAGGAAUUCACUGAUUUUUGCGCCGAAAACCGAAUUUUCGCUCCUCACGGACAAUGCAUUGCUGUUCACCUCGGAGGACACGUUCAAACCGGCGGUUACGGGCAACUCGGUCGCAGCUUCGGGCUACUUGCGGAUCAUGUCCUUGAGAUUGACAUUGUGGAUUAUGAGGGAAUCCCUAGAAGGCUUGUUCACGACAGCCCCAACGAGGCUGAACGAGAUCUAUUUAAUGCCAUCCUUGGAGGAAGCCCAGGAAACUUUGGUGUAGUCACUCACUUUACAAUCAAGGUUCACAAGGACGAAGAUUAUGAAGGAUCCAUUGGCAUGAAGUGCUUAUACCCGUACAGUCGUGACAGGGCCGAGAAGCUGCUCGACCUUGUGGCAAAGAUGUCAGACGGUUUGGACUCCGAAGGAAAUGAGAUGGUCCUUGCUCGUAAUUAUGAUGUUUGCCUUAACGUCGUUAGUUCUGGAAACGAGUUCGCCGCACUUUUCCCCGGUAAAGCUAAAUCACUGAGGGACUUUUACAACAAUCAUGAUGACCUUCCAAACAUUGACCCUAACUUGCCGCAAUAUCCUAAAUUGAUUUACGUUUGGGCGCAAUGGGUCAAGCUAAAGGAUACCGAUGUAUUCGACGAGAAGCUUUGGUUCGAUAAACUAUCUGACGGUUGCAUUGACUCAAUCAGCAUAAACCAUAAGGAGUUGAUGUCAUAUCCUAUGUCUUACAUGACAGGCAGUUGGUGGAUUUUAGAUGCUGUUCGCGAGUACCCAUAUCCAUAUAUCAAGAGUACCCGCAUGAGCGACAAGACGGAUCUGAGCAAGUCCGGAUGGCCUAAGUGGCUAGCUCAACGCAUUGAUAAAAUUGUGGCGCCAGAAAAUAACGGUCUCUUUGUAUGUGCUCAAAUCCAACCUUUUGGCGGUCCUGAAUCGAAGACGGUCAAGAACGCAAACAACGGAACUUCAUAUAGUUGGAGAAACUCGACCAUAACCUGUACUCUUGAUUGCUUCUACAAUUUCAAACACGACAAGAAGCAGGAGGCGGAACAGUGGCAGAAGGAAAAUGAGGAGGGAGCCAUUGGGGAGAAUGGGGUCUUUAGCACCAAGGAUAUGCGUCCCUUAUGGGGGUCUUUCGGUGAAUAUGACUUCUCAAAAAUUUGGGACGCGUAUCAUGACAGCCAGGAAAAGUACGACAAGCUACGCAGACUGAGAAAGAUCCAUGAUCCAACUGGGGUAUUCACACCAAACACAUUCUGCGUCCCGCGUGAAGGAGAAGACACCAAGGACCUUCUGGCAGAGAGAGUAAAACAGCAGGCUCUUCUUAGUUAA